AGAGGGUGAGAGAAAGAUAGAAUCCUCGUCUCUGGCUGUUGCCGCACCGCCACCGUAGCAGCAGCAGCACCAGCAGCGGCAGCGGAGUAUAUCGUGACGUACUACGGCGUGACGUACGCCGCCGUACGAGGACGAAACGAAAGGGAGAGAGAGAGGAGAGGAAAAGCGCGCGAAUCGUGAGCCACCGUCAGUGUACGUCGCGCCAGUCUCCGCGCCGGUGUUCGGGUGCUCUCGCGCUUAUUCGAGGUUAGGUUCGACGAGGCGCGUUCUUCGAAACGCAUUCACGACAUUUUAGACGUUCUCAAUUUUUUUUACCGAGAGAACGUAAUUUACGUAUCGCGUUGUUAGUAUUAUUAUCAUUAUCGUUGUUACGACCGUUAUUACGAGAUCGAAUUUGACGCCGUCGUAUUUUAUUUGUCUCACUUUUAUCAACUAACGUCGAGACCUGUGGCACGCGGAAUAUGGUGCGUCCCGAGAAGAAACUCGAAACUCGUCGCUCGCAAAGCGACGGAUAAGAGAGGAUCAAAACGGAGAGGAUCUGACAGGAAAGAGUAGUGUGAAUGUUCUCGGAUAGCCGUAUGUCGCGGCUUGCCGCGCACGACUUUUUCAGUGCACACGAGGAAAAUAUGGAUAACUCUGCGUACGUGCCGAAUCAUCUACCACCGCCGUCCCUGGUCGUGUUUUCGCAGGCCGGGGGACUGCCCGAGGCCCUGAGAAUGCAAAGACCCUUCAAUCCACAAGUGACAGAUUCGAAGGAGCUCCAGGUGCCGUUCAGCACAGCGGCGUCCCUCGGUUACGGUCUUCAUCAUAUGCUUCAUCUGCCACCACAAUUUCUUCAUCCGCUGGACCAUCGGUUACCAUUCGCUGGGUUCAGGCCCCUUGGGCCUUCUGCGUUCGCGCCACCGAGCAAGUGCCUCAAGGUCGAGACGGGUAACGGUUCGGUAGCCGGCUCGGGUCUACCAAGCAUCGGCUCUCUUUCGAGUAUGUCGAACAUGUUCUCGCCUACGUCCUUGCCUCCCUCCGCCGGUGGAGGAGCAGUCGUCUCAGUUUCGGGCCCAGGAAGCACAGCCACCGGUUCGGGCUCUGCUAACGUCGUUGGUGCUGGUACUGGUGGUGCUGGUGCUGGUGCUGGUGGUACAGCCAGUGGUGCCGUUUCAUCUGUGCUAUCUUCUGGACCAGAAGGUGCACCUCACAGCCCGGCUGGUUCCGCGAGCCGUUCUCCGACGGGUACCGGGACCGGCUCGGCGCCGAAUCGAGGCCCAACCCCCGAGGAGGAGGAUCGAGACGCCAACGCCACACCCGGAUCCGAGAACACCGAGCGCUCCACCCCCGAGGAGGGACGACCUUACAGACUGGGGCCUGUGUUCGGGGGCCGAUGCGGCGCGGAGGCGCUCGGUCUGGGGCUGGGGCUGUCGCUGGGCCCGGCCUACAGGUUCGCUCUGCCCCCGGGACUCGCUGCCAAGACCACCCGCUGCCUUGUAUUCGACCAAGGCAAAAAGAAAUUCCCUUCGGAUCCGUCGUGUUGUCCAGUGUGUGGCGUUACAGUGAGACCGCAGGAACUCGAGCAACAUUUUGCUCAGGAACUCGAUCGACUUUAUAAAAUCUCGUCAGCUUCGUCGCGACCACGACAACCCAGGUCUACUUUACCACCAGUUCAUCCUCAGGAUCAUCCACAUGGACCGAUGUUACAUGCUCCGUCAGCAGCCGAGGGUCCACCACAUGGAACACCUCAUCAGACACCUCAGGGUAGAUGGGAGACCUAUAAAAGAAUCAAGGCGAAUAGACAGGCCAGGAUUCGCGUAAAGAAUAGAAAAAGAAAAGCGGACGAGCCAACGUGUCCAGUUUGCAGUGAGAGACUGUCUGGUACUCCGGAAGAAUUGAAUCAGCAUGUUGAACGUUGUCUGAACAAGCACAACAAUGGUAAUCCAGCAGGUCAACACUCGAAUCUCGAUGAAGAAGAAGUGGAUGUUGAGGGCGACGCGGAAACCUUCGAAGAGUAUGAAUGGGCAGGUCAAAGAAGAGUUCGGGCAACGUCAAUGCUCGUUGGUGGAUUUUCUGCCGCUGGUUUGGCAACAUCCUCGAGCAAUCGUGGUUCCGGUGGCGGUGGCGGAGGAGGAGGAGGAGGAGGUGGGGGCGGUGGUGGUGGAGAUGGUGGAAAUCAACAAGACGAAGAAGACGUAGACUUGGUCGUCGAUGGUGACGAUGUAGCGGAAUUUGGACCGGCACAAUAUUCCGAGGCUGAUGUGAUCGCUCCAAGGAUCGACGGUACACCGAGGGAACAAAAGGAGAGGGACGCACUUAGAGAAGCGGUAAUAUCACCAAACGCACCCCAUACUCCUCAUUCCGAUCAGCUGACGCAAGGGUUGCUCGAGGUCAAGCCGGAACCAGGUACCACGACCACAACAAGCUCAUCGACGCCUAUUCCUGGCCAACAAAACGAACUCGAUGAAAAUGUCUCAUCUUCACCAAGGAGGGAUGGCGAAACUCCUGUCGUCGAAGCUCUUCGAGGAAGAAUCAAAGAACUCGAGGCUGAGAUGCGUGGUCAACCUUUCAAGUGUCUGAUUUGCAUGGAACAAUAUAAGAAACCAGUGACGUCCGUAUGCUGUUGGCACGUGCAUUGCGAGCAAUGCUGGUUACACACGCUGGGUGCGAAAAAGCUCUGUCCUCAGUGCAACAUGAUCACCUCACCAUCGGAUCUACGACGGAUCUACAUGUGAAUGAAAUCUCGUACGAAUGAUGAAUGCUAAUGAUGAAUUAUACCGAUCGACGAACGUCCUAUGCUUCGCCUGAAACGAUACAAUACAAUACAAAAUACCAAACAAAAUGAAACAGAAUAACAAAAAAAGAAAAAGAAAAAAAACAGAAAAACCAAAAAAAGAAAAAUAACAACAACAACGGGAAAAAAAAAAUAAGAACGAACGAACAAAAAGAACGACGGUGAUGACGAAAUGAUGAAAGAAAAAAAAGUUUCACCGAAUCGUCCCUCGGAACGUAUCCGCAAAUUUCGUGUAAAUACUUGUAAAUUCAUAAAUGUAUAACAUAAAUUAACUCUCUCACGUAAACGUACACGCACGGAUACACACGGAGAAAGAUCGAUCGUUUGCGAUCGUUAUUUUUUCUCUAUCAUACCUUCGACUAAAGAGAGAAAGAGAGGGUAUCCUUUUUCCUCUCUCUCUCUCUCUCUCUCUCUCUCUCUUUCCCUCUGUCUCUAUUUCUCUCAUUCUCCCUCUCCUUCUCUCUCUCUCUCUCUCUCUCUCUCUCUCUCUCUCUCUCUCUCUCUCUCUCUCUCUCUCUCUCUCUGAGUGUAACGCACUUUUUAGGAUUAGUAAAUUAACUCUUUUAGCCAUUAACGGGCGUGAAUUAGACUUGUUACGUCUCGUUCCUUUCGCGCACAAGGCACCGUUUAACAUGAUUUACGAUGGAACGUUUUGAUUUCGACAUUUUCGAGAUAAAUCUAAUCGAGGAACGAGACGAACGACAAAUUUUUAAGUAGAUCCUACGUCUCCUUUUUCCAACGAUAAAAUCGCGAACGUACGAAGUCGAUCGUAUUUAAUACGAAUGAAAUUGAUGAACUUUUUCUUCUCGUUUUUUCUUUUCCUUUUUUUCUUUUUGCAUUUUUUCAAUUUUAUUUUAUUUUAUUUUUUUUUUUAUAAUUUGUAGAGAAACAAAAAUUCGUAAGUAAGUAAAGUUGUUUGCAUAUGUUGUAAAAACACAUUUUAUCUUUGAAAGAGUACAUGCGCGCGCACACACACAUACACACACACACACACACGUACGAAGACAAUUUGUUGCUAAAAAAAAAAAUCCUUCAAAAUGGACCUCAUUUUGGAAAGACGUACGAUCGACGAGCCCGCACCUUGCGUUUUACGAUACUCUCGUUCUAAUCCUAAAGAAUCGAUCCGAUCGACGAUCGAGAAGAAAGAAGCUUGAUCGUUCUCGUUUCUCAAAGUAAAAAAAUCAUCGAGUUUUUAGCUCGUUCUUUUACGAAGCGAUCGACGCUGAUACUUUUUUCGCGAUCGUCGAUAAUAAUUAACGAAGCAUUUAGCUAAUCGUCGAAUCGUUAGCUCGCCAAACGCGAGGACUAUACUGUAAAUACGAUGAGAAAAGAUGACGGCGAAGAAGAAGAAGAAGAAGAAAAAGAAGAAGAAGAAGAAGACGAGGAAGAAGAAGGAAAAGAAAAAGAAGAAGAAACAGAAGAAAAAAAAGAAAAAGAAGAAAAAGCGUAGCAACUACCCUCUUUUCUCCCCGAACGCUGUUCUGUAAUCCAUAAUAAAACGAUCAUGGAAUGUA